CAGGAAUAUAUCGACAUAUUGGAACUACACACAAACUAGCUCUACAGCAGGACGGAACUCGUGAUUCCAGCCGCUUCCUCAGCUUGUCGCUUCCGCUUUUGGAGACUUUCGUAUAGCCGGCGCACUGACAUGUCCUGCGGCGUCGGCCCUUUGUCGUCUCCAUGCGUUUGCAGUGCGUAGUCAUCGAACGCGAGUUCAAAAGCAGUCUCGAGCUCUUCGUCCGAGAGUGCCAUCAGGUCGUCCUGGGACGUCACAAUGCCUUGUUCGAUCGCGACUUCGACCAGCAUGUUCAUGGCCUUCCGCGCACGGUACAGGUCCUGCCGAUUGUCCACGUCGCUCUCUUUCAAAUACCGGAACGGACCGAUCCCGGCGGCCGAGUCGCCGCGAAACCACAGUUGCCACAUCACGCUGCAGUUGGUCGCCGGCAGCCGGUACCCUUCCGGCGUCAGGUGCAGCGAUCCGUCACUCCACGUAAACGUGAGUUCGUGCUGGUUGGUUCGGCGGCCUUUUUGCAGCGCAUCGUAGACGGUCAUGUACGAGCAGGACGACCACUUUUCUGCGUCGAGCGGCUUGGACAGCAGCGUCGGAUGCUGCGACAUGAUUUCAAAGCACUGGUGGUACACGGCGCGGAGGUCAGCCACGUCGGCGAGUGCGUCCUCCGUCGGUGCGAUUCCUUUUGAGAUGGCCAAAUCGAUCAAGACCUUCAUCACACGGCGCGCGACGUACAUCGAUCGCUUCGAGUUGGGAUCGGUCAAGUCGGCUCCGAGCAAGUGCCGGAAUGGACACAGCUGGCUUACUGAGUCACCACGGAACCAUAGCUCCCACAUCGCCAAGCACGUCGAUUGCGGAAACUUCCAAUCUUCUGGCACCGGAUGCUGGUUGCCCGUGGUCCAUUCGAACUGGGCAAACGAACCUCGUGGCAGCACACGUCGGGCGAUUGAAGCAGCAGCGGCAGACGAUUUCGGCCGCGGAACCACGGAACUCUCG